GAUGGGAGACUGGAAAGCUUACAUCAACACCGUCCUGAAGGAUAAAAACAUUGAAGACGUAGCCAUUGUGGGACAUUCCGACAAUAAGUCUGUGUGGGCUUCUAAACCAGGAGGCCUCCUGGCAGCCAUCUCUCCCCAGGAAGUAGGAGUGAUCGUUGGAAAGGACAGAAAAGCGUUCCUGCAGACCGGAAUCACCAUAGCUGGCAAGAAGUGCAGUGUGAUCCGUGACAAUUUGCUCGUGGAUAAAGAUGCUGUGAUGGACACCAGAAUCAAAGGCGGCGACAGCAAAUCUAUCUGCAUCGGGAAAACUCCAAAAGCGCUGAUCUUCCUCAUGGGCAAGAAGGGAGUCCACGGAGGCGCUCUUAAUAAGAAGACUCAUGACUUGAUAGCGGGCAUGAAAUAG